AUGCUGAGCCAGGCCCUGGACCGAGAGCAGAAGGGAUCGCUCUGCAGGCUGGCAGAGGAGGAGAAGCACCGGGGGCACAAGUUCGGGGUCAGCAUCAGCUCCCUGGCAGACUACCUGCAGGCAAUCAGGGCGCCGCUGGUGGAGGUAAUGGAGCAGAGGGUGCUGGCAUCGAAGGCCAGGUUGCUCCAGAGCGCCAGGAUGGUGACGCCCGGGGCCAGGUGCUCUCCCCGCACCCACCUCCCCACCCUCAGCCUCCCACUGAGCCAGCACGCGGGGCUACACAAGAUCAUCUCGUGCUUCUCAGAAGAUGGGCAUCUGGACCGCAGCACCAGGCAGCCUUAUCCCCGGAUGGGAAAGUGUUUAUGGCUUGCAGCUGCCACCACGACCAUGGCCUCCAGCAGCAGGGGAGUUGUACUCGCCUACCUCCUGUCAUGCUUCCUCCUCCUGCAACCAAAUGGAGUUCAGCAUUGUUCCUAUACAGCUUCCGGAAAACAUCUGUAUAUUGACAAAAAUGCGAAGGUUAUUUGCCAGGGUUUCACUGGGAAGCAGGGUACCUUCCAUAGCCAGCAAGCAUCAGAGUAUGGCAGGAAGAUAGUUGGAGGAACCAGCCCAGGCAAAGGAGGAAAGACGCAUCUGGGCUUACCCGUCUUCAAUUCUGUGAAGGAGGCCAAAGAGCAGACAAGAGCGACAGCAUCUGUCAUUUAUGUCCCUCGGCCUCUUGCUACUGCUGCCAUUGAUGAAGCCGUCGAGGUGGAAAUGUCCCUGUUGUGCAUCACCAUGGAUAUCCCGCAGCAAGAUAAGGUUCGAGUCAAGCACAAACUGCUGCGCCCGGGAAAGACCAGGCUGAUCGGACACAACUGCCCUAGACUCAUCAAUCCUAGAAAGCAAAAUGCAGAAUGCAAAAUUGGUAUCAUGCCUGGUCAUAUUCACAAGAAAGGAAGAAUUGGUAUUUUGUCCAGAUCUGGCACACUGACUUACGAAGCUGUUCACCAAACCACGCAAGUGGGGUUGGGGAAGACUCCGUGUGUAGGCAUGGGUGGGGAUCCAUUUAAUGGAAUAGAUUUUAUUGAUUGCCUUGAAAUCUUACUGAAUGACCCAGCCACAGAAGGUAUCAUACUGAAUGGUGAAUUGGUGGUAAAGCCAAAGAAAAAUAUUUCAGAAUUUCUAAAGAAGAAUAAGUCAGGUCCCAAGGCCAAGCCUGUUGUUUCCUUCAUUGCUGGUUUGACAGCUCCUCCUGGCCAGAGGAUGGGCCAUGCGGAGGCUAUUGUUGUUGGAGGAAAACGUGAUGCCAAAGAGAAGAUCUUUGCCCUCCAGAGUGCCGGUGUCCUUGUCAGCAUGUCUCCGGCACAGCUGGGGACCACCAUCUACAAGGAAUUUGAAAAGCAGAAACUGCUAUGAAAGGAACAAAAACACAUGA